GAUUCGCGGUUUUGCUGUUACUACAUCAAUAGCCUUAGUAUCCCCCUCCCACUUUCCUCUUUCCAAGUAACACUCUGGCUUUUCCUGGCCCGCACCGCGGAUAUCUUGGUGUGGGAAGAGUGAGCAGGAACGGAGUCCUCAGUGUCCCGGGAUGAAUAGGAGCCCUAGCUGGUCUGAUCAGCUUCAUGCAGUUCUCACUUCAACUGAUGAAAAUAUGGCCCGGAUUAAGCAGAGUUUGUAUCCUCUUCGAGUUUCCUCCACAGGGGACCUGGCUGACACCUGGAUUUCCCCUCAUCACUUGCCUCCUCAGCCAGAGGCUCAAGCUCCUCAGCCUUGGGCUCUAAAGACUCCCAUUCAUGGAGAGAGACUGAGCUGCACCGAAUGUCACAGCUCAUCAUCUCUCUGGGAUGAAGUCACUAAACUCCGAUCCCAGCUUCAGUCUCAGGCUCAGGUGACUGAGGCUCUAAGGCAAGCUGUGCAGAAUUUGUUGAAAGAUCGGGAGCAGCAGAUGAACAAGAUCAGUGCUCUAGAAGCAUCACUGAAAUUGCUUCAGGAGGGCCCGAAAGGGAGAGCCCUUCUGGAGCAACGCCUGGAAGGGUUGAGAAAGGAACUACAGGGCCUUCGGAACCAGGUUCAAGAGCUAGUCCAAAUCCAAAUGAAAACGAGACCGGGAAAGUUCAGUAGUACCAGAGGCUUCCACAAAGAGCUGCAGACUGAGCACCAGCUUUUGUGGGAAGAGUCAGAGAUUCUUCGGGAGGAACUGAAGUUGCUUCGAGACCAGCUGAGCCAGCAUCAGGAGUUGUUGCUGAAACAGAUGGCUGAUGGGCGCCAGGUUCAGGCCCGCAGCUGGAAGUCCUUGGAACACCUACAGAGUGACCCGAAGAUCAAGGUUCAGACUUUGGAGGUCACCAGGACAGAGGCCCCUGAUGCCCAGAAGGAGGAGCCCUACCUCCUCAGGACCUCUGUUGAUGCCCGGCAAUCUAAGCUGCCUCUGGCCACCAUCUUCGCCAUGUCUCUUUCUUCAUCUAGCUCUGAAGUCAGUCUUCCAGACUGUGACCGUAGCUGGGAACUUUUAAGGAAACUAGAUAGGGAACUUCAGAACACCCUUUCUAGCCUGGAACCCAGCAGCUCUCAGUUCCAUGCCCACAGCCUUGGGCGAGAGGAUCUGUUCCUUCAGGGCCCCAAGGUCUUGGGGAGUGACCUGUAA